AUGAAGUUAAUAUUAUACUCAAACAACAUUUUAACUAAAUGUACGUCAAGGAAUUUAUCAUCGCCUGUUUGGAAGCUUUGUUCCACAGAAAAUUAUAGUAGAAUGAGACUCAAAUUGCUUCCUCAAUUCAAUGCUGAUACUCAUAUUAAAGCUAGUCAGUUAAGGGAUAAUACAGGAACAGGUAAAAAUUCUGAAUCAUCUGCAGUCUCUUUACUUGCCAAUAUUGCAAAAGAAGUUUCAGUUAUCAAUCCAAAAGAUGAUGAUGAAGAAGAUCUAAGCUCAUUAACGAAUAGCAACUCAGCCGCUACAUUAGAACAAAAAGGAGAAGAGAAAAUGAUACUUACGGAGCCUUGCGCACUAGUUAUUAUGACGGAUGAAAUCCCAGGAAAUUUUAAGCUCACUACUAACAAAAUUUACUUUACGGAUUUAAGAUCUGAAAUUGCAGAGGGUAGUUUACCGUAUGAUUUUGAAAUUUCUCUAUCGGAUUUACGGGAAGUUCAUUUACGAAGAUAUAACCUAAAUCGCAGCGCGAUCGAAGUCUUUUUGAUUGAUCAAAAUAACUAUUUCUUCAACUUUUCUAAGGAGAUUAGAAAUAAAAUCUACAGCCAAAUUAUGAUGCUUAAUCACCCAAAUCUUUACUACGCUGGCAUAAGAUCGGGUGCUGAUUUAUUGAAAGCUUCCAAACUAACUAAGAAAUGGGUUCGUCGUGAAAUUUCAAAUUUUGAUUAUCUGAUGCAACUAAAUAUGAUCGCCGGGCGUACAUACAAUGAUCUCAAUCAAUACCCUAUAUUUCCUUGGAUUCUUCGCGAUUACCGUUCCAAAUCCCUCAAUCUUGAUGAUCCGCAAAGCUAUAGAGAUUUAUCAAAACCUAUUGGGAUUCAAAACCCGGAUCGAAUACCUGAAAUUAGAGAAAGAUAUGAGACUUUUGAAGAUCCUACUGGAAUUACCUCUAAAUUUCAUUACGGAACACAUUAUUCUAAUGCCGCUGGCGUUAUGCAUUAUCUGCUACGACUGGAACCGUUUGCGUCACUUCAUAUUCAGUUACAAAGCGGAAGAUUUGACUGCGCAGAUAGACAGUUUCAUUCUUUGCCAAUGACAUGGAAGACUUUACUAGAAAGCCAUGGUGAUGUAAAAGAACUUAUCCCAGAAUUCUUUUAUCUUCCUGAUUUCCUUCGCAAUAUCAGCAAAUUUGAUUUAGGUAAAUUACAAUCAGGUGAUAGAGUUGAUGAUGUCAUUUUACCCCCAUGGGCCGAUUGUGCUGAAGACUUCAUCAGAAAGCAUAGAGCCGCACUGGAAUCGGAUUACGUAUCGACCCAUUUACAUGAAUGGAUUGACUUAAUAUUUGGCUAUAAACAAAAGGGCAAAGCUGCUGUUGAAGCGUUAAAUGUUUUUUAUUAUUGUACAUAUGAAGGUGCCGUCGAUAUCGACGCCAUAGACGAUAUUACACAUCGCAAUGCAACCAUAGGAAUGAUAAAAAACUUCGGACAAACACCCACUCAAUUACUGAAGGAACCGCAUCCAAAAAGAAUGACUCAGGAAGAAGCUGCCAAUUAUUCCCGCAAGCAAUCUACUAUGGGCCAAUACAUUCCCGCGAUUAAUUUAUUUGAUAAUCUGUCCAAGGCUAAAACAUACUUCAUAGAUGCUUCAGCAGCUCUAGGAAAAUUAGUUUUCAUUGGUAUGCCUUCUAUUCAAACGCGUUCAUUUAUCCAUUCUGGAAUGUUAGAUAGCUUGAUCGCGUUAACUGACACUGGCUUUUAUGGACUUCAUGGCUGGUUGCCGUAUUCAAAAUCGAAGUCUCUGCCGUUUACAUUUGAGCUUGACGCUAGUAUGGCAUCUCGUAACACAAAAAAAUGCCUAAGUUGGCCAUUUGCACCUGAUAUUGAAAUACUUCCUAAAUUAUUUUGUGUUACAAAUGAUGCAAAGCUGUUAUUUAGUGGAGGAUUCUGGGAUAACAGUUUGCGCAUAUAUAACGUUAAUAAGGGACGGUUGCAAAACUCUAUCUCAAUAUUCAAUGACUUAGUAACAUGUAUAGGUAUUGAUAAAACUGGAAGAUAUCUCAUAGUUGGUUCCCGUGAUUCUACGGCAGCUCUUUGGGAAAUAAAUCAUAGCGAUGGAAUUAAUGCUAACCCAAUACAUCAUUACUACGGUCACGAUGAUGAGGUUACAUGUGUGGGAGUAAGCAGUGAACUGGAUAUAGUAGUUAGCGGCUCAAAGGAUGGCAGCUGCGUUAUGCACAUGAUUCGUACCGGAUCUUAUGUAAUGUCCUUACGUCCAAAAAUCAACAAAGAAAACUUUCGUCAAUGCGAGAUUAUAUCACUAACAAUAUCAGAAAUGGGAAAUAUCGCUUUAUUUUGCCGCCAUUUCGAUGAUGCGAAAAAGGAAGAAUAUUUUAUCCAUCUAUAUUCGAUAAACGGAAGAUUAUUAACUAGUCAACAAAUAGAUAGAAAAAUUAACACUAUGAUUGUGUCAAAACACUAUAUCAUUACUGGUGAUGCUGGCGGAGCUGUUGUAAUCAGAAAUGACUACGACUUAACUGAAGAAAUGACAUUUCAAUUAAAUGUUCCUGUUCGAUGUGCCUCAAUUUCCUCGAUUAACGAACAUAUCCUCGUCGGAUUAGAUGAUGGGAAAUUAAUUAUCAUUAGUUAUAAUACAAAAGAUAGUUAA